GUGAAGAUGCAGCUCCGCACUCUCUCCACCGACCUGCUGUUUGCGGCACAAAUGUGAAAACUAUAACAACCGGAUAAAAGUUAUUUUCAUGGAAAGAAAGGCUCCAAGUGCAGGACCAUGGGGUAUGGGCAAAUCCUCCACCAGCAUGGGAAUGAGGAGGACCAGGUCCACCUCAACGUUGGAGGGGUACGACAUGAAGUGGAUCCAGACAUGCUGCUCCGCUUCCCUCACACACGACUGGCUCGUCUCCUCCGCUGCCAAAGUGAGGCAGCAAUCCUGGAGCUGUGUGAUGACUACAGCCCGGCCGAGAAGGAGUACUACUUCGACAGGAAUCCCCGGGUUUUCCUCUGUGUGCUCAAUUUCUACCACACGGGACGUAUCCACAUGAUGGAAGAGCUGUGCGUUUUCUCCUUCAGCCAGGAGAUCGAGUACUGGGGCAUCCAGGAGCUCCACCUGAGCCCCUGCUGCAGCAACUGGUACCAUGAGAGGAAGGAGUACAUCGAGGACAGAGACUGGGACAUCCGGAGUGACGACCAGCAGCAGCCAAGCUUCGAUUCUUCUUUCGAGGAGCUCUCUGCCCUCGAUAAGGACCUGGCCAAAUUUAAAGGUGCCUGGUGUGCAGAAGUGAGGAGCUACGUUUGGCUCAGGCUGGAGGAUCCGGGUCACUCCACAGCCUCAAAAAUCAUCGCCGUGGCCUCCCUCAGCGUGGUCUUGACCUCUAUUGUUGCCAUGUGCGUCCACAGCAUGCCUGAGUUCCAGCGUGUGGACGACAACGAGAGGCCCAUCGAGGACCCUGUCUUGGCCGUCCUGGAGGAGAUCUGCAUUGCCUGCUUCUCCGCCGAGUUCAUCAUCAGACUGAUUGUUGCACCCUCCCGCAGGAAGUUCCUCGGAAACCCCUUAAACAUCAUCGAUGUUGCUUCCAUUUUGCCAUUUUACGCAACUUUAGCUCUGGAGACAGCCGAUGAGGAGGCCGCGGAGGAGAACGAGGACUUAGAGAACGUGGGGAAAGUGGUGCAGGUUCUGCGCCUCAUGAGGGUUCUCCGAAUCCUCAAACUGGCUCGUCACUCCAUCGGGUUGCGAGCACUGGGAGCCACCGUCCGCCACAGCUACCACGAGGUGGGUCUUCUUCUUCUCUUCCUCUCGGUGGGGAUCUCCAUCUUUUCUGCCCUCAUCUACUUCGCAGAGAAGGAGGAGACGGAGACAGAUCUGGGGACCAUCCCUUCAGGCUGGUGGUGGGCGACCAUCACCAUGACCACAGUCGGUUAUGGUGACACCUGCCCGGUGACACUGGCAGGGAAGAUAGUGGCCACCUUGUGUAUCAUCUGUGGCCUGUUAGUGGUGGCUCUGCCCAUCACCAUCAUCUUCAAUAAGUUUUCAAAGUACUAUCAAAGGAACAAAGCCAUGGAGGGACAAUGUAUCCCUAAGCCUGAGAGACAGGACCCAGAACUCCCUUAUUAUAACAUCAGAGACUUGUUCACAGAGAGCGUGUAUCCCUUCAUUGGAGGUAUCGCCUUCAGGAACAGUGAGAGCAGUGCAGGGGACGAUACAGAUGCCUCCAGUCUCCAGGACAUAGAGGUGUAUGAUAAUGACACUUGUGAAAAUGGGGCAACAAAAUGAGAUCUCUGCCAUUUCACCAAGUGUCGCUCCCUUUACGACUGCAAGUCACUCCGUGCCUCUCAGGGCAGAGCGCUCCAUCACUGACCCUGCCUUCCUACACUGUCUUCCUCCUGAUAUUUUACAGAGAAAUAUCGUGGCCAAUGUUUUUUUUUUUUUUUUUUUUACAAGGGAAUAGCUUGUGAAAUAUACAGCCUCGCUAAAACCCGGAAAUCUAAAGGGAAUUAUCUGAACCUUGCUCAGAGGUUUGAAAGCCCAUUUUCUGCUUGAGAAAACUGCAAUGAUGCAUGUAGGAGGCCAUAAUGUUAAUGUUUUUCAAAGUAAUGUCCUGUAUCGAUUUGUCUGAGAGUUUGGCAAAUACAAAAGUCUAGAAUGACAACAACACUGUUUGAUGCUUGAAAAUGGCAUUAUAGAUCUCUUAAGUUGACUGAUGUUGCACAGUCUGCAUGAAGAAAAAUAAAAGUAAUAUAAAUAGUUGCGUAGAAUUAUGCAAUAUCAUUGAUGCUGAUGAAGAGAAGCCACACAUCUCACUCACAGCACUGUGGAAAGCAAUGAUAUGCCAGGUUAUUGUUAUAAAAUUUUUCUUAUGGACAUUGUGUUGGCAUGCUGGGUGACUCCUGGGGGCUAACUCAUGUGGACAUGAAAUAAAACUCAGUGAAGUGAA